UAGCCGCCUUCGCUCCCUGCUUGCAUGUCGUUAUUUUAAAACUUCGAGAUUCGGAGCGCAUUCAGAGUCAAAAUUGUUUGAGUUUGGGAGUAUAUAUUAAUUGAUAAAAUAAUAAUCAUCAGUAGACAAUUUGUAAAAAGCUUCAAGAAAAAAAACAACUACCACAUUGAAAAGCAUGCAUACGAUCUACAUACAGACAGAUACAGAAAACCCCAACAACAUGAUUGUUAUAACUAUUACGAAAACAUAAUCGAUGUUGUUUUCUCUUAUUUUUCUCUCAUCGUUCUUUGAGAUUUACUGGGUCGAUAUCGAUAUCAAUAGGAAUAAUAAUAACAAUCACGUGUUUAGUAUUGACAUUUGGAUAAAUGUGAAAGUGUGGAAAAGAUGGAUUGGCUAACUUGAGUAACGGCUAACCUCUCUUUUACUACGUCGCAUUUCAUCAUCGUUUUUUGCGUAAACAUUAUAUGGGAGGGAUGUUUCACGAUAGAAUUAUAAAGAAAAUCCCGGGUGACCCUGUGGGACGGUUCAAAAAAGAGAGUCAGGGCUACAUAGACAAUUUGGAAAACAAGCAAAAAUUCGAACUUCAAGAACUCUUGGAGCGGCAAAAUAAAUUGCUCGCGAAUAAACGAUUUAUUGCAAACUUGCCAGACAAGGGAGAAAAGAUAAUGAAAUUCAGAGCAAUCGUUCUCAAAGAAAUUGAACAUCGCAAUGAAGUUGAUUGCGCUGCCAAUUUAUUAUCAAGACUUAACAUUGCAUCCGAAGGUAAAGUUGCUAUGAAUGCUCUUGAAUGGACAGGGAAGUAUGACGAGGAAUCUUGUACUAGAAAAGUUGUUGAGCUUGACAGCGACGACGAGACGGAUCCUCUGAAAAUUCUUGCUCAGCCCACAGGUACCGGGGUUCAUGCAAAAAAAAUCAUAACUAUUCAAACUGAAGAGACUUCAAUAAAACCUGAUGAUAUAGAAGAAAUUGAGGCUUUCAAAAAAGAAAAUCCACCAGAAACUGAGCAUAUAAAGUACAUUGUAGACCUUGUUGAGAAUCCAAAAAAAGAUAGUCAUCGAGAACCCUUCAAGCCUCACAAAACAACAAAAAGCAAUGUUCACGAUCCGCUUAAAGAAAAAAUGAGAAAAAAGGACAAACACUGGGAAAUAACAGCAGCCACACCACCUUUGACAGUUCAUGGUGCAGCAAAAACUUUGAGUUUACAGGAAUCCUUGAAACUCCAGACGGAACAGGUUUUGAAAUUACAGGAAAUUCAAGCAAAACAUGCUAUCGAACGUUUAAUGCAGCAAAUAGGAUCAAAUUGUAUUGGGAGUGUGCCCGAGGAUGUUGGAAAUUAUCGAACUCGGGACAAAGACUCGGAUGCCUCGAGUUCCGAUGAUGAGGAAGAGCACCAAGAAGUGCACGAUGACGAGGAUUACGAUAAGGCUGGCACUGUCGUAUUUACCGUUGACAGUAUAACGGAAUGAUUCCGAUGAUUGUCAAAUUCUAUCGUUUAGCAACCAAUGUGUAAAUAUGACAUACAGCACGUCUUGUAAAUAGAAGUUACGUAAAAUAAAAAUUAUUAUUCUCGAAAUAA